UCAGGAUAGGGAGCCCGUGUACGAAACAUGUAUGCUGGAAAAAAUUUACUCCUGUUCCUGUUUGUACUUGUAUUCAAAUUAUGCUUUUGUAUAGACUCCAUCACACGUAACCAGCCUCUUAAAGAUGGUGAUUCUCUUAUUUCUGAAAAGGAAAGAUUUGAACUUGGGUUCUUUUCUCCUGGUAAUUACUCUAGCAGCCGUUACGUUGGUGUUUGGUACUACAAAUUUCCAGAAAGAAUCAUUGUUUGGGUGGCGAACAGAGAUAGUCCAAUGAAAAACACUUCUGGUGUUCUCUCUGUAGAUAAAACAGGACAGCUUGUUUUAUUUUACAGCGGAACUCCUAAUGUUUCAAUUUGGUCCAGUAACAUUUCGGUAUCAGGAGAUAACAAUAACUCAGCUAAGCUACUGGAUACUGGAAAUUUCGUGCUGUACAAAGAUGCAUUUAGUCAGAAGAAUUUUAUAUGGCAAGGUUUUGACCAUCCAACUGAUACUUAUCUUCCAGAAAUGAAACUUGGGUGGAAUAAAAGAACCGGAAAAAAUAAGUUUAUCACUUCUUGGAAGUCCCCUGAAGAUCCAGGAACAGGUCAGUAUUCUUAUAGAUUUGACGUUAAUCAAACAGUCCCGCAGUUAUUCAUUUACAAAGGGUUGGAACCAAUAAUGCGGAUAGGAUCAUGGAAUGGCAUCACAUACAGUGGUAUCUCCGAAUACACAGUAAAGGCUGUUGGUGAUGUCUCCAAAUUGUUAUAUACAGACAAUGAAGAAGAGGUGUCGACGUACUACAUUAUUAAUAGUACUUCAGUUAUUACAAGAUUUGUACUUGAUGACAGAGGUGUUGCAAAAAGGCUGAACUGGAAUCCAGAAUUACGAAAAUGGGAUGCAUUCUGGACCGGACCAUAUAGUCAGUGUGAUAACUAUGCUUAUUGUGGUGAAUUCAGUAAUUGUAAUCCGGUUAAAGUGGCAGAUCAAGGUUGCGAGUGUCUGCCAGGAUAUAAAGACAAGUCUGAAGGGGAUUCGCCAACAAACGGAUUUGAGGGGUGUGUGACCAAGCCUGGGGCCGUCAUGUGUAGAAAUGGAGAGGGUUUCAGGAAGAUGUCAGGACUGAAGCUCCCGGACACCACCAAUGCUCUAUUGGAUUCGGAUUUAGAAAUUGAAGCAUGCAGAACCUUUUGCUUACAGAACUGCUCUUGUACAGCAUACACGCCUUCUAAUAUCACUAGUAACAGCACCGGAUGUUUAACAUGGUACGGGAAGCUGGUAGAUGUCAGAGAAUUCUCUGGUGGAGGUCAGGUUCUGUAUAUACGAGUUGAUCAUGACGAGUUAGGUAAGGACACAGAAGCUGAGGACUCAAAAAGGCGAGGCCACAGAGUUUUCCUAGUCAUAAGAGUUUUGCUCCCAGUAGUCAUCAUCGCCAUCCUGCUUUUACUUGUAUUGGCAUAUUGGUUGCUCCUGAAGAAGAAAAGGAGAGAAAGAGAACAUAGAUAUCUUGAACCAUUUCAAGAUGUACUUGGAAUGAAUGGAAGCGGAACUACUAGCACAGAGGUGCGCUGCUUUUUACUCCGAACCAUUAUUGAAGCCACAGACAAUUUUUCCUUAUCUAACAAGUUAGGAGAAGGAGGCUUUGGAGCUGUGUACAAGGGUCAACUGCAUGGCGGAGAAGAUAUUGCUGUGAAAAGAUUAUCAGUUACAUCAAGCCAAGGGAUAGAGGAAUUCAGAAAUGAGAUCAUUCUUAUAGCAAAACUCCAGCACAGGAACCUAGUAAGACUGUUGGGAUAUUGUAUUCAGCAAGAGAAAAUGUUAAUAUAUGAGUACCUUCCAAACAGAGGAUUAGAUUGCUUCAUCUUUGCAAGAAAGGCGGUGCUAAAUUGGCGGACACGCUUUGACAUUGCAAUUGGCAUUGCUCGUGGAAUGAUAUAUCUUCACCACGACUCUAGAUUGAAAAUCAUUCACAGAGAUUUAAAAGCAAGCAAUGUAUUACUGGAUGCUUCUAUGAACCCUAAAAUAUCAGAUUUUGGCAUGGCCAGAAUCUUUGGCAGCGAAAAAAAUGAAGAAACCACAAAGAGAGUUGUUGGAACAUAUGGUUAUAUGUCACCAGAAUAUGCUAUGGAAGGACAUUUCUCAAUAAAAUCCGAUGUUUUUAGCUUUGGCGUUCUUUUACUAGAAAUCAUCAGUGGCAGAAAGAAUACCAGUACUUUCGAUGCUGAAAACUCUGUGAAUUUGAUUGGUCAUGUUUGGAAUUGUUGGUUAGAAGAUAAACCUCUGGAUAUAGUUGAUCCACUACUCGGUGAAUCAUAUGAGGCUAGUGAGGUUUUGAGAUGCAUUCAAAUAGGACUAUUGUGUGUACAAGAAUCUGCAGCUGUCCGGCCAACUAUGUCAGAGGUCGCCUCUAUGCUGUGUAACGAAAGAAGUCCUCCGUCUCUACCAGACCAGCCUGCAUUCAUAAAUAGGACAAAAGCAUAUGCUGGACCUGUGAGGGGAAGUUCCUCUGCAGGUAAUGAAACCACUACUGAUACUGAAAUGACAGUAAGUAUAAUCGAGGGUCGAUAAAAUAUGUGAGAGUCUUAUACCAGUGAUCCAGAACUAAAGGAUUAUGCUAUUCAAUAUUUGUUGUCAAGAACUAUUGGACUUGUACAAAAUGUUUAAUCUUUAAGAUUCUUUAGUGACUAAGUAAUUUGAUUGUAGUCAUUUGAAACUUUGUCGAUUCUAAGGAAUUUUGAAUACAUUUUAUUUGUUC